AUGGCAUCAGUAGAAGGGGAGACAUUACUAGAAGGCCAAGCACAAGUAUGGCAGCUCAUGUUUGGCUUUGUAGACUCCAUGGCGUUGAAGUGUGCUGUAGAACUUCGAAUAGCUGAUAUAAUAAACUCACAUGGUGGUCCGAUCUCUUUGUCCCAAAUUGCUUCAGGGAUUGAUUCACCUCAUCCUGAUCUUGCAUACCUUCUGCGCGUAAUGAGAUACCUCGUUCGCAAACAAGUCUUUAGCGCACAUGAGCCAGAAGACAACGAAGAGACUCUCUACGGGUUGACGGACACAUCCAAGUGGUUGUUAAGUGAGUCUGAUCUAUGCCUCAAUCCAAUGGUGAUUCUGCAAAACAAUCCAUUUCACCUAGCCCCAUGGCACUGCCUUGGACAGUGUGUAAAAGAAGGUGGAUUUGCUUUUGAGAAGGCUCAUGGUUGCAAGAUGUGGGACUUUGCUUCUCAAAACCCUGAAUUCAACAGAAUGUUCAAUGAUGCCAUGGCUUGUACAUCCAAGAUUUUCAUGAAAGCAUUUCUUUCACAUUACAAAGAUGGGUUUGCUGGUGUGGAAACACUGGUAGAUGUUGCAGGUGGGAUUGGAAUGGUUGUGGCAGAGAUUGUGAAGAACCAUCCUCAUAUUAAAGCCAUAAAUCUGGACUUGCCUCAUGUGAUUGCCACGGCACCGGAUUAUCCUGGGGUUAGACAUGUUACAGGUGACAUGUUUGAGUCCAUACCUGAUGCAGAUGCAGUACUAAUGCAGAGGAUAAUGCAUGAUUGGGAAGACGAGGAAUGUGUGAGGAUAUUGAAAAAUUGUCGAAAAGCAAUACCGGGUAAAACUGGGAAGAUUAUCAUAGUUGAAAUUGUUUUACAACCAAAUGGCGGCAGCAGCAGCAGCAGUAGUACUUUUGGUGAUAUGGAUUUGACAUAUGAUUUGCUGAUGUUUUCACAUAUGUCUGGAGGGAAAGAGAGAACUGAGUCUGAAUUCAAGAAAUUGUUACAAGAAGGAGGCUUUCCUCGCUACAGAAUCGUUCAAAUUCCAGCGUUACUGUCCAUCAUUGAGGCCUAUCCAGAGUGACAAUGCCCAUGCUAGACCUCCUCAUGGUUGUUAAACAAGAUUGUUCUGAAUACGGAUUUAAGUGUUUUUCAAUAAAUUGUUGUGUUUGGGUUUUCUGUUUACCAUUUUUUUCUGCUCAGGGAUACUCUGUUUUGCCUUUUUUUUGGAGGAGGUAAAUAAAUGAAUACUCUGUUUUGC